AAAAGUUGAUGCUUAUCACAUUUCAAAAACUGUUUGCAGCCACACUACGAAAUGAAUUAGCUUGGUUUGAAAAGCCCGAAAAUAGUAUUGGAUCACUUACAUCAAAGAUAGCCAGUGACACAUCCACAGUGAAGAUCAUAAUAUCUGACCGCAUGUCCGUCAUUGUCCAGUGCAUUUCGUCCAUAUUGAUUGCAACAACUGUCAGCAUGAAAGUUAAUUGGAGAAUGGGUCUGGUAGCCUGGGCGGUGAUGCCAUGCCACUUCAUCGGUGGCCUCAUUCAAGCAAAGUCAGCUAAAGGAUUUUCUGGUGAUAGUAGUCUAGCACAUUCCGAACUUGUUACCCUAACUUCUGAAUCUGCCACUAAUAUAAAAACUGUUGCAUCUUUUUGCCACGAGGAACAGAUACUUCAGAAGGCUAAACUGUCCUUAAAGCGACCACUUAGGAAAGGCAAGUCAGAAAGCAUAAAAUUUGGAAUUAUUCAAGGCAUCUCUCUCUGCCUAUGGAACAUAGCUCAUGCAGUUGCCUUAUGGUACACAACAAUUCUUGUCGACAGGAAUCAAGCCAGCUUUGAGAAUGGGAUAAGGGCAUACCAGAUAUUUUCCCUCACUGUACCCUCAAUUACAGAACUAUGGACACUGAUACCCACUGUAAUAUCAGCCAUAGAAGUACUAAAACCUGUAUUCCAAAUCCUUGACCGUAGCACAGAAAUUGUACCAGACAUGCCAGAUAUUUCCAAACCCGAAACCAUCAAAGGAGAAAUUGAGUUCCUAAAUGUCCAAUUUUGUUACCCAUCAAGACGGGAAGUAACAGUUCUCAACAAUUUCAGUCUACAAAUUGAAGCCGGAUUAAAGGUGGCACUUGUUGGGGAAAGUGGAGCUGGAAAAUCUUCAAUUGUAGCAUUGUUACUGAGAUUCUAUGAUACGAAUGAGGGAAAAGUUCUGAUUGAUGGCAAGGAUAUAAGAGAUUACAACCUUAGAAAGUUGAGGGCACAGAUUGGAUUGGUACAGCAGGAGCCACUCCUGUUUAGCUGCUCAAUUAGAGAAAAUAUCUGCUAUGGGAGUGAAAGAGCAUCAGAAGCUGAGAUAAUGGAAGUAUCAAUGUCAGCAAACAUACACGAGUUUAUAAGUAACUUACCUGAUGGAUACGACACUCUUGUUGGGGAGAAGGGUUCUCAGCUUUCUGGAGGGCAAAAGCAGCGAGUAGCAAUAGCAAGGGCCUUGCUCAAAAAGCCCAGAAUAAUGUUGUUGGAUGAAGCAACAAGUGCCUUAGAUACCGAGUCUGAAAGGGCAGUGGUGAGUGCACUGGAAUCAAUGAAACUAAACAGCUCCGGGAUCACAAAAGUGACACAGAUCACAGUUGCUCACAGGCUUUCCACAGUAAUAAAUUCAGAUACUAUUGUUGUUAUGGACAAAGGUAAGAUUGUGGAAAAGGGCAGCCACUCAAACCUGAUGGCAGAACCAGAUGGUGUUUAUUCAAGAUUUGUAAGGCUCCAAAGUAUGGAGAAAUAGAAUUGAUGUAUGCUGAU